UUCAUUCCAAUGGCGUCCCGAAGAGGUGGAGUCUCACUCCCAGACAGACCUAGCAACAACUCAAGCUCCGUCCUCACGAAUAUCUCAUGCUCCUCCAUCGUCACCCGCGGCAAGGAAGCCGCCGGCGACGCUACAUUUGUCACCAAGAAGCUCCUCCGCAACACCGGAAAGGUCACGUGGAUCACCGACACCACCUUCCUCUUCCUCGUUGUUCCUCUCAUUGUCAAGAUGGACCGCGAGCAGCAACUCAACGACCUCGAGCUCCAGCAAGCCAGCUUCCUCGGCACCCCUACCCCCAAAUAA